UUUUAUAUUUCUUUAUCUCAGUCGAGGCGUGAUUGUGGUCGCGUUUACCACGUAUCAGCCAUCGUAUCCCGCGUUAUAAAAGAAACCUGUCGGCGUUCGUUGGUUUUUACGCGUUUCGAUGAGGAGAAGUAUUUUUGGGAAGAGCAUUUCUUACAUAAACUAGAAUUGAUAGAAAGCCGAAUUGAUAGAAACUAAUUUUCGUUAAUCAGUUCAUUGGAACGAAUUAACCGAGUAAUUGCGACGAUUGAUUGUAAAUUGUAAAUUGUUGUUUGUUGAUUUUUCAAGUGUGAAAUUAACACAAGAGAAAUAUUUAUUGGCCAUAAUUCAAAUUACUUGUUAGAGAAAUAUUUCCUGCCGCGCCUAGAAACGCCAGUGAGAUGACACAGAGAAACAAAAACUAUCUCGAAGACAUGUUGGACAUGUCGGAUGUUGCAGACACUAAUGAGUUUCAAAGCGAAAUCCCUGAAUUCUUCGCCGGAAGCAACGUGUUAAUAACGGGUGGUUCCGGUUUCCUCGGCAUACUUCUAAUAGAAAAAUUAUUGCGAUGCUGCCCGAAUAUAGGAAAGUUAUACAUAUUCAUGAGGGCGAAAAAAGAUAAAACACCGGAACAAAGGUUCAAAGAGCAUUUCGAUUGCCCCAUUUACGACAAAUUGAAGAAAGAGCAGCCUAAUUUUAAUACUAAAGUAAUGAUGGUAGAAGCCGAUUUAAGCAAGUUAGAUCUCGGAUUGUCGCAGGAAAGUCGGAAAUAUCUUUUAGACACAAACGUAAUUUUUCACGCAGCAGCGACUGUACGAUUUAACGAAACAAUGCGAAUUGCGGUGAACAUAAAUGUAAGAGGAACGAAGCAGCUUCUUCUCUUCGCAAAAGAAUUGCCGAAUUUGAAAUCGUUCGUCCAUAUAUCCAGCGCAUUUGCCUAUUGUGUACAUAAUUGUAUUGAAGAAAAAUAUUAUCCUCCGCCUAUAGAAACGGAUAAGAUUUUGACUUUACUCGAUAUUUUGGACGAUGAAAAAUUGGACAAAUUCACGCCGACAUUAAUAGGUGAAUGGCCGAAUUCAUAUACAUAUACAAAGGCGAUCGCUGAAGAUACUGUUCGACAGUACAGCAUCGGAAUUCCAGUUUGCAUCGUACGACCGUCGAUUGUAACAUCUACGGCCGAGGAGCCAUUGAAUGGAUGGAUCAACAACAUAUAUGGUGCGGUGGGUGUAGUCAUGGGCAGUGCCAUAGGUAUAUUACGCACUUUGCAUUGUGAUCCUGACAAAGUGGCAGAAAUAGUGCCUGCCGAUUAUGUCAUUUCGCAUUUCAUCGCCGCGAGUUGGGAUACGGCCAAAAGAAGAAAUACUUUAUUGAGCAUCGAGAACGCGAAUCCGGAUGUUCCAGAAACCGAGAGAGUGCCGAUUUAUAAUUACGUGUCGGCAUGCCAAAAUCCCAUCACCUGGAGAAGAUUCAUGAAAAUAAAUGAAAUAUAUGGCAUGCAGGUACCAAGCACGCACGUUUUUUGGUACUACUUCUUCUUCCUAAACAAACAUAAACUGGUGCACAAUUUCUGCGUGAUAUUUUUGCACAUAAUACCCGCUAUCGUAACCGACAUUCUGCUCGUACUCACCGGUCGAAAACCUAUGCUACUGAAUGCGUACAAGAAGAUACACAAGUUCAGCUCCGUGAUAUCGUACUUUUCGUCGAAAGAAUGGCGAUUCAGCAACGACGCCGUUGUAAAGCUCUGGAGUCGCGUGUCACUAGCCGACCGCCAGAUUUUCAAUUUUGACAUAGAUAAUUUGAACUGGGAAUCAUAUCUCAAGCACAUGAUACCCGGUCUGCGUCUGUACAUAGCUAAAGAUCCGCUAGAGACCAUAGACAAGGGACGAGAGAAAUAUGAGAAACUGAAGAUCUUCCAUUACACUCUGUUGACAGUUAUCACAGCUUUACUAGUACUGGGCGUCAUAAACUUAAUAAUUCGCGUGAUGUCGUUCUCCUAAUCUCCCAGAGCUCAGUUAAAAAAAAAUAUCUUUUUUGUUAAUGAAACUAAAUUGAUGAUAGUAAAAGAAAGAUGAUUAAGUCAAGACAAAUGCUUCGUUUUCACAUAUUACCUUCCACGUUGUUGACCUUACACGCACGUUACAUUCUUAUUACAAAAGAAUCAAUAUGUGCAGUUCUUUUAUUAUUCUUGCUUACAUAAGUAAUCGUUAAUUAUGUACCUAAAAUUAAACGUCAUGCUGUUUCUCGUCACCAAGAAUACACAAUUAUUUUGUUAUGUCUUCUUGUAUAUCGGGCAGUUUUGAUAAUAAUACGUACAAUAUAAAUAAACUGAAUUCUUAAUAAUUUUAAAAACAUAAUAUCUCAUCUAAAACGGUAACAUAUUAUUUAACUAGUCACUUUUCGUCGUCAUAUAUUUCACGUCAUAAACAUUAUGGAUAUUUUAUUGUACUAUAUUCUUUCUUGUUCGUACAAUUACUGUAUUGUACAAUUACUGAUAUUGUGUUCUAGAUAUUUAACAUAUUUAUAUAUAAUUAUGAUAUAUUCUAUUCAAAUAAAAAAAAUACAUAUAUACAAUA